CCCAAGAACGUGAGCUGCAGUGCGUCGCAGGGAGGGCCUAGGAAGCUUAGGCAGCUGGUGCCCGAGCCGGAGGGAGAGGAUGGCGCUCUCGACCACAGUCUCGCAGAGGAAGCUGAUAAAGCGGAAGGCUCCCCGCGGUUUUCUAAAGUGCGUCCUCAAGCAACGGAAGCCUCACCUCCGUCUGGAGACAAAUUGCGACCUACUGGUGCAUCUGAACUGUUUACUCUUUGUUCAUCGAUUAGCAGAAGAGGCUCGGACAAAUGCUUGUGAGAAUAAGUGUGGAGUCAUUAAAAAGGAGCAUGUACUGGCUGCAGCAAAGGUAAUUCUAAAGAAGAGCAGAGGUUAGAAGUCAAAGAACACAUUUUUGAAAAUUAUAUGAUGUAUUAUUUUAGGUGGUAACAGAUCGUGAAAGCACUUUUUAU